AUGUUUAAAUAUUUAAAACCCUUUUUUUUGUGUAUUAUAUUACUAUUAUUACUUAUAUACAAAUGUACACAUUCAUAUAACAUAAAAAAUAAAAAUUGUCCAUUGAAUUUUAUGAAUUCAUGUGUUAGAAUUAAUAAUGUUAAUAAGAACACAAAUAUAAGUUUCCCAGGAGAGCUGCAAAAAAGACCAAGUCUUGUUUACUCCCAGAAGAAUUUCAAUCUUGAAAAAAUAAAAAAAUUAAGAAAUGUAAUUAAGGAAAUAAAAAAGGACAACAUAAAAGAAGCGGAUGAGCAUGAAAAAAAAGAGAGAGAGAAGGAAACAUCAGCGUGGAAAGUAAUUCUAUACAAUGAUGAUAUUCACAACUUUACCUAUGUUACUGAUGUUAUUGUAAAGGUUGUUGGUCAAAUAAGUAAAGCCAAAGCUCAUACCAUAACAGUUGAAGCUCAUAGUACAGGUCAAGCUCUUAUACUAUCAACAUGGAAAUCAAAAGCAGAAAAAUACUGUCAAGAACUACAACAAAACGGAUUAACCGUCUCUAUUAUCCAUGAAAGUCAAUUAAAAGACAAACAAAAAAAAUAA